GUAGAUAAAAAUGUCUUUUCUGUGCCUCUUAAUCAAAUGCAUAAAAUAACCGGGUAUAUUUAUCUCAUUAAGAAAAAUUUGAUAAGUAAUCACAUAAUCAUUUCAUUAUUGAUACCUUAUCACAAUCCAUUGUACAUUGAUAACAUUGAAAAGAAGCAACAUUUCAAAAUCAAAGGAAGAAAGUGAAAGUAAAAUUAAAAACUCCACUGAACGUUUAACAUAUUAGCUGGCACAAUGAAUAUCAUGUACAAAACGGAUUUCAGCCUAGGACCGCCUAGCAUCGAUAUUAUUGAAGAAAAUCUCUUUCUCGGAGGACUGGCGGCCGCCAAGAAUACCGAAAUCUUGAAUAAAAAUAAAAUAACCCAUAUACUAACUAUAGACACCUGCCCUCUACCACGCACAAUACUGGAACUCAAGCAUAUUGUCACAAAAUUUAUUCAGUUGUCAGACCAGCCUAAAGAAGAUCUCUUGUCACACCUCGAAGAAGCAGAUUUGUUCAUAAGAGAAGGGAUUUCGAAGGGGGCUGUACUAGUGCACUGCUAUUUUGGAGUGUCACGAAGUGCCAGCCUCGUAAUAGCCUAUAUUAUGAAGAAGUAUCAGCUGAGCUAUCAAAAAGCCUUCGAGAAAGUUAAAAACAAACGUAGAAUUGUUUACCCUAAUCAAGGAUUUGUGUCACAGCUGAAGCUUUACCAGGAAAUGGGAUACAAGGUCGAUAGAACCAGUAAACUUUUCAGAAUAUAUCGACUGACCAUCGCAGCGGAUAGAGUAAGGAAAGUCAAGGUGCUGACUCCCGAAUUCCAUGACCUCAUUCAGCCUGAUCCUGGAAAAGAGCAAAUCCAGCCCGAGCCCAACGUUUACCGCUGUCGCAAGUGCAGAAGGGUUUUGGCUGGUGAAUCAAAACUGAUUCUUCACAAGAAUAAAGGGGAGAAUUGCACUCAAACGUAUUUCAUCGAACCCAUGGCUUGGAUGAACAUUACGGAGGGGUUGCAAGGAAAAGUGCUUUGCCCGAAAUGUUCUAGCAAGCUCGGAUCAUUCAGUUGGAUCAUGGGCUGCCAGUGCCCUUGCGGAGUCCAGGUGGCCCCAGCAUUUUACCUCACCCCGUCCAAAGUGGACUUCAGCAACGUUAUCAAGAAUGUUGAAAAAACUCUGUGAAUUUACAUACCCUUAGUUUUUAUGUCAAAGAUAUAUAUUCAAAGGUUCAAAGAUAUAUAUUUACUGUAUGUAUUUCCUCUCUUUUUAUUGUGAUAUUUAAGUAAGAAUUAUAGGUAUAUACACUCUAA